AACUGGGGGUUGGACCGCUCCGAGCGAAACAGAGCAAAAGAGUUUUUAAAUGUCCGCCAUGUUGUCCAUGGCGCACUGAACCACCGAUAGGGAGCGGAGCGUCGGAAAAAAACAGUCCGAGAGAGAGCGACCGAGAUCCGGGCCUUCCCCCAGCUCCGCUGGCGACGCCCUAAAUACAAGCUAGAACCUUCCGAACGUUAGAGACUAACCGCACAGAAACAUCAAUGAAAGCUCCACUCGGUGCCGUUGUGAACAUUAGGAGAUCGGAUAGAUUUAUAUUGCAUCUGGAAUUGUGAAAAAAUGAGUAAAUUGUCGUUUCGGGCACGGGCGCUGGACGCUUCCAAGCCACUACCCGUCUUCCGUUGUGAGGAUUUACCCGACCUACACGAAUAUGCAUCCAUUAACCGGGCUGUGCCGCAGAUGCCGACGGGGAUGGAGAAAGAAGAGGAAUCGGAACACCAUCUCCAGCGGGCCAUCUCGGCGCAGCAGGUUUACGGCGAGAAGCGGGACAACAUGGUCAUCCCGGUCCCCGAGGCGGAGAGCAACAUCACCUACUACGACUCCCUCUAUCCCGGCGACUACAAAAUGCCAAAGCAGCUCAUUCACAUACAGCCUUUCAGCUUGGACACGGAGCAGCCAGACUACGACCUGGACACGGACGACGAGGCCUUCGUCAACAAGCUAAAGAAGAAGAUGGAGAUCAGCUGCCUUCAGUUUGAAGAAAUGAUCGACCGGCUGGAGAAAGGCAGCGGACAGCAGGCGGUGAGUCUCCCCGAAGCCAAGCUGCUGCUGAAGGAAGACGACGAGCUCAUCAAGGAGGUGUUCGACUACUGGAGCCGCAAGAGGAAAAACAGCAAGGCCAACUCCCUGAUCCCCACCGUCAAGCAGGAGAAGCGGGACGGCUCCAGCACCGGCGACCCGUACGUGGCGUUCCGACGGCGCACCGAGAAGAUGCAGACCAGGAAGAACCGUAAGAACGACGAGGCGUCGUACGAGAAGAUGCUGAAGCUCCGCAGGGACCUGAGCCGGGCCGUCACUAUUCUGGAGAUGAUCAAGAGGAGAGAGAAGAGCAAGAGGGAGCUGCUGCACCUCACGCUGGAGAUCGUCGAGAAGCGAAACUCCAUGUCGGACUUUGGUGGAGAAAUAAUGGCGGAGGUUCUGGCUGAGCGGGCGCUGGUGAGGCCGCAGAUCAUCCCCCUGGUUCCGCUCACCAAUCAGUACCGACACCAGGACCAUCUGGACUCCAAGGACUACAAGUCCAAGCCCGAGAAGGCAGAACCCCAGCGGCCGAAGAGGAGAUACGAGAAGAAGCCGAAGAUGUUGCCGUUGUCGUCGGGAACGGCCCACCACGCGGGUCCGGUCGUGUUCAACGCCAAGGACCUGAACCAGUACGACUUCCCCAGCUCCGACGACGAGCCCUACUCCCAGCUCCACUCAGGCUCUUCGGAAGCGGAGGAGGAGAACGACCCUGAUGGAGCGUACGCGUUUCGCAGGAGAGCCGGCUGCCAGUACUACGCCGCCCGUCCGGACUUGGUGGGCAGCUGGCCGUGGAGCGGCGCGUGGGACGGCGGCUUGGCUGAAGCGCGCUUCCGCUACAGCCUCACUACGCUGACGGUUCCACGCCGCUGCCUGGGCAUGGCGCGGCGGCGCGUGGGACGAGGCGGCAGGGUGUUGCUGGACCGGGCGCAUACGGACCACGACGACUCGUUCCACCAACUGGACCCGGAGACGCCCGACCUGCCGCCGCCCGCCUCUCCGCCUCCCUCUGCGACUUCACGCUCGCCGGCUCCCGACGCGCUCGCCGGUACCUCAGAAACGAAUACCUCAGACAGAAGUUCCCCCCCCUCGGCGCCGCCCCCCUCCUCAGACCUCAGCCAGAUACUGUCUAAUAUAAAGUCGUGCCGCUGGAGGCACUUCAGACCUCGGACACUACCACUACACGAGCUGGACAACGCCCAGCCGCUGUUCAGGAGGAUCAGUCGAGGCGUGAAGCGCCCGCUCGCCGCCUCAGCUGGCCGACGACCGUUCGGAUCGCAGCGCCCGGCCAGGGUGGUCCCUCCUCCCACACCCGUUGCUGCGUUCACAGCAGAACAGUACCAGCAGCAUCAGGAGCAGCUGUCUCUGAUGCACAAGCAGCAGCUGGAGCAGAUCCAGCAGCAGCACCAAGCCAACAGCACUGCCAACAGCACACAGAGUCUGGCGAACACGCUGGACGAGGUCAGCGCUCACUUCGCCGCCUCGGCCCUCGUCUCCGCCGAACAACUGCUGGCUCUGAAAACCAAGGACGAGCUGGUCCUGGGAGGCGGAGUCAAUGGCGUCCUCUCCUCAGGUGUCUACAAGGGCUUGUCGCUCUCGAGCACAGCGUCCCCGUCCCCCGCCGCCCCGGCUCCUCCCAGCGCCACCCCGACGUCCGCCUUGCUCCACCCCUGCUCCACCGCCCUCGGCUCCGCCACCAGUAACAACAACGGCACAGCCCACCCCCCCGCCAACGCCACUCAGAUCCUGCUGGGAAACAACAGCCUCCGUUUGGCGAUCCCCACCAGCAAGCGCAUCCACGCGCCGCGGACGCUGAGCACCACCAUGUCGACAUCCGCCUUAAAGCUCGCACACGCGGCAACCGCCAACUGUCAGAAACCCAAGGUGGCCGCCUCCUCCACCUCCCCGCUGGACAAGGUGCCCAGGGAGAAUCUGGAGCAAGACAAGCCAGCGCUGAACAGUCUGUCAGAGAACACAGUGGCCAUGGAAGUCACGUAGCCUCCGCCGCCGGCUGCGAGGGGAACGUCACCUGGCGGCGCCGCCGCCGUUUUCUUCCCUCAGCUUUUUAUUUCCUCUUUGUUUUUUUUUUGUUUUUUUUUUAAGGUGCUAUGCAUCAUUUUGUUUAGUCGUGAAUGCAAGUGGUGGCUGAAUGAGCACGGCAAGGUUGGGUUUCCACGGCAACCGUUUUGGGACUUAAUUGCAUUGCUCGUCUCGUACAAAUUUCUUUUUCUUCUCCCCUCAGAUAAUUCCCCCCGUUUGUUAAUAAGAGAUCGUCUGUAAAUUCUUAAUAUGGCAAUUAUAUGUACAGUACAGCAUAUUUGUAAUAAAUACCCCCGCCCCACCUUUAAAUGCCCCAAAAUACCCCCCACCACCGCCCCUCGUUCUUGUAUAUAACAUUACUUGAAUACAGAAUUCUUCAUUUGUGAUGUUUUGCACUCGAUACAAAGUUAAAAAGAAAAAAAAGAUUAAAAGAGAAAACGACAAACUGCAACUGGUGCAAAAAUAACGAGUGAAAGUUGUACUACAGAAAAAUGUGUCAUCACAUGCAUGGUGCAGAACCUGCUGUUGGAUCUAUUUAUUGUGCCGUGUUUACAAAAAGUUAUUUCUCCCCACCUUCCCUCUCCCUGCCAUUCAUGUCAUUUUUUUCUUUUUUUUUCUGCUAAAUUUUAAAUACACUGUACCUCUCACCGGUGCCCCCAAGCUGUAGUCGGUGUUUUGCUACAUUUAGCUACAUCUACAUUUUUUUUUUUUAAAUAUUGAACCAGUUUCUUUUGUUCCACCACAUUUGUCGUGUUGAGUCCGUGGCGUCGCAGGCCGGUAGGCGAGGUCUUUGUUUGGCAUCAGCUCCUCCAUAAAGUUCUUCCAUACAUUUUUUUAUUCCUGAGACAAGUAACAAAACAAUUGGGAUGAAGACUUUCCCAGAAGUCUUUGCUGCUUCUGAAGUAUCUAAGCACUAUAUGAUUUGUUUUUUUUAAUUGACUGAUGCUGCUUUUGUAUAAUUUUACCAUUUGGUUUUCACUAAACAGCCUCAUUUUUCAUUGUUUUUCCUCCAUCUCAUUGUGUUUUUUAAAUAAAUAUUUUUGUAUCACCCCCCCUUUUUUAUUUUAAAUUUGCUCAUGGAAAAACUUCAUUCUUUUGUUACUUGUUGCUCUAAACAAAAUAUAUAUAUAUCUAUAUAUAAGGGAGUAAAAAAAUGCAGUAACUGACAUUUAUCAUUCCAGCCUCUAUGUAAUAACAAACAUGUAUGAAUUGAAAAAAAUAGACGUUUUCUCUACUUUAAAAAAGAAAAAAGCUAUCCUGAAGGCUGAAAGGCCAUGAACCACAUGUUAUCGGGUGCCUUCAUUUGGGAAAAAAUAAAAACCUAAAAAAAAAAGUGCUCUCUUCUGUGAAGAGUUUGGUACUGAACAAGGCUACUUGUAGUUUUUCUUUGUCUGUACCACUAUCCCAAUGACCAUUCCAGUUUCCCAGUUUGAUUCAUGACUCUUUGUUUUCCGUUUGUUGUUUUGUAGACUCAACCACCACACACACGAACAAAAGAAAUCCUUUUGAAAUGUCACAAAAUGAAAUAAAAAUCCAGGGCAUUAUGUGUUUCGACCA